AUGAUGAUUGCUCGAUUUGGGAAGCAAGUGCUUAGAAAGAAUGUGUUAGUUAGCAACAGGAUCCACUUUCCAGUGAUUUCACGUGGUUUCCACAACAGUUUUAUCAACAAAAGUGAUGAUUUGAAAAGUCCACCUAUAGAUAUCACAAAGGGUCAAACAGAGGCAAAGGUUGAGACAAAAAAAGACAAGUUUGCAGGAUUUGGGUUGGACUUGGAUGAACUAAUUGGCGAGACCGCCAAAGGUUCUCAAGUUACAGAACAAACCGAGUUGACAAAAUCAGAAGAGGAGAAGAAGAAGAAGAAGAAUAUCAACACCAACACCAAUAAGAACGAUAGGAAGUCGGUACCGGCAAUUUCACUUGAGGAUUUCAAUCCAUCUCAGUUUAAAGAUUUUAAAAACACUGGUCUUAUCGAUGACGUUAUACUAAGGGCUCUAGACAGAGCACACUUUAAGGACCUUACACCUAUUCAGCAAAAAUCUAUUGUGCCGUUGCUUGAAACAGAAAGAGGUAUGGUGUGUCGUGCCAAAACGGGUACAGGUAAAACCCUUACAUUUUUGAUCCCAACACUUCAGAGUGCCGUAUCUAGAAAAAUUGCUAGUGGUGGAAGGAGCUCCGGAGUGGAUACGGUUAUUAUUGUGCCUACUAGGGACUUGGCAUUGCAGAUUUACGAUGAGUAUCAAAAAGUUCUUCGAGGCAUUUCAGGAUCACGUAAACCUCAUAUAAGUUAUGUAAUUGGAGGUAUGAAAAACUCAUUUAACCCAAGAAACCCAAGUGAAAUUGUUAUUGCCACACCAGGUAGAUUGGAGGCUGAUCUUAGAUCCCCACUGUUUGCCUCUGCUUUUACAGAUAUAAAAUAUAGAGUUUACGAUGAGGCAGAUAGAUUAUUGGAUGUUGGAUUUGAGCCAACUUUGGAUAGCAUCGAUCGCUCCAUAAAAAUGAUCAGAUCAGAUGAUGCAGAGCCAUUAAAAUCGUUGUUGUUCAGUGCCACUGUUGAUGCAAGAUUGGACCAGUUUGCUAAACAGCACAUCAACAAAAAAUAUGAUUAUAUAAACACGGUGCCAGAAGAUGACCCAGAAGUCCACGAAAAUAUUCAUCAAGUGAUGUACAAGUGUAAAGAUGCUAUUGAUAAAUUUGGCUCUUUUUUCAAUUACGUCAACCAAUUAGUCAAGGAUUCUCCAGAUAUGAAGAUGAUGGUGUUUUUACCUACACAAACUGCUGUUGAGUUUUUGUAUUCGUACAUGUCAGAAGCUUGCCACAAGCACGAUGUUGAUAUUGAUAUUUUCCAUUUGCAUGGUAAGAGGUCUGCAAGCCAACGUCAAAGAGCAUUGAGUAAUUUCAAGAGGGAUGACAGUGGUAUAUUGAUCACGACUGAUGUUGCCGCUAGAGGAAUUGAUGUCAAAGGAGUUACUCAUGUUGUACAACUUUUUCCUUCUUCUGAAAUUGCCGACUAUGUGCACAAGGUUGGUAGAACCGGUAGAGCAGGUAAAGAAGGUAAAGCAGUUUUGUUUAUUACCCAACCAGAAAUGGCUUAUGUGAGAAGAUUGAAUUCUGAGAGAGGUGUUACAUUUGAACAAGUACACGAGAGUUCCGAAAUUGACAAUUCCAUUGAUUUUUUCGAAGGUAUGCGUCCAGAUGAACAAGUUGCAAACGAUUUCUUUUACACUCUUAUGUCCUUUUUGGCACAAAUCAGCUCGACUUAUCGUCUUAGAGCAGAUGAUCUUGUGGCUGAGAAUGUCAGUUUAUACCGUGCUAUUUUACAAAAACCAGAUGCAAAGUUGAGUCUGCGUGCAGCAUCUGCGUUAAUUAAAAGGUUGAACAGAGACGUUGUAAGAGAGUUUUUUGAGCAAGGGCGCGGGGGUAACAACGGUGGAUAUGGUGGAUAUGGAGGAUCAAGCUAUGGAAGAAGUGGUGGCAGCAAUAGGUAUUCUGGCGGUGGUGGAAAUAGAUCUGAAAAGAGAUUUUCCUUCGCUGGUCGUGGUGGGAAUUCUGGUGGCCACAGCGGCAGAGGCCGUGGAGGACGCAGUGGCUACAGCGGGGGCAGAUCAAGUCAAUACUCUGAUUGGGAGUGA